AUGUCAUUCAAGCCCUAUGAGAAGCAGUCCGGAUCGGCCGAACCGGAUUCGGAUUUUGCAGCACGCCGGAGACACAAGCCUUCGGUGAUGCAGAUUCGCAUACGCAUACGAGAGCAACUAUGCCUCGUUAUCGCUAUAUUCUCGCUACUGGCGCUGACAAUCCUGGCAGUAACGACAUGGACUCAAAGUCGGCGGUACAUGCUCGACAGCAGGGCGAACAUGCUGCAGGUCACUGCCAACCUCAAAGCCGAUGCACUGGCCCAAGAAAUUGCACUUUUCAGUGAUUCCGUUGUAAGCAUUUCAACCAGGGACAAGCUACAAACAUACAUGCAGGAGUACAACCGGGGGAAUAUGAGUGAGGAACUUCGUGUGGACCUGGCUGUAGGUCUUGAAGAUGCUAACCUCGAACAUGCUAUUGCCGGAGGCGCAGACAAGUCUGUCUAUCUGCAGGCCGCCGUCUACCCGCGGAGUGGCUCAAAUGAGACAGGUAACCAACAAAUCACCAAAGUGACCGGGCUCGGUUCGAUAGGUGAAUAUCAACUCCCCUACACCAAUCCGAAUGGCAGCAAGGUCUAUCUUGGAGUCGGUGAUCUCGGUUAUCCACCUACUCUGUAUCCUAAUUUCACCUAUUCGGACGAUCCAGACGCGAUGACUGUUGCUUAUGAGUCUGUAACAUUACACAUCAACUCCACAUUGCUCCUAGGCCCGUUGUUUCUCGAGAGCAACACAUCGCUCAUCUCCAUGACGGUUGCGGUGCUUAACAAUACAUCGCGGACUGAUCUGCUCGGCUGGCUCACCGUGGUUCUUGAUGCCAGGAAUCUGUAUUCCAUCAUCCAUUCAAGAGUCGGAUUGGGCAGCAGUGGCGAAGUUGUCAUCAUCGGUCCGGCUGGAUCAAUCAAUGUCUUCAACACGUCUUUGGCUGGCCGUCCAGAAAGCGAAAAUGCUGAUAUUCCUGUGCAAUUCGAGCUACCACCAUAUCCGAAUCGACAUCCUGCCCGCGCAGACAAUCCGUCUCUUCCCUUUCCUAUGAGUCAAUAUCCAGCAGUCCUCCAGGCCUGGUCGAGCACUAAUGAUGCUAUGAACAAUGCUUCUCAUCUGAUACACACACACAACGAGAACAACGCAUCUAUUUCGGUCGGCUACGCUAGGAUCGCUUCGCCUUUAGUGGACUGGGUCCUUGUCUUUGGUCAGACCACGGGUGAAGUCAUGGGGCCGGUGAAUUCCUUGCGUAACACAAUCCUUGCCUGUGUUUUCAGCGUCGUGGGUGCAAUCAUUAUCAUCUGUUUCCCAUUGGCUCAUUAUGCUGUCAAGCCGAUCCAGGCGCUUCGAACCGCUACAAACAACUCGGUCACAACCUACGAAGUAUAUGUGCCGCCAUCUAUCAAGUCCGAUACAGAUACAGAGAAAUCCUUGCUUGACUGGUCGAAUGCCGAAAAAGGCUUCACAAGACCUUUUAAGAAGACCAACCCCAAGUCUGUUGUCAAGAAGACACGCGCGUUUCAGAUCCCCGAGCGUGUUCCGGAGAAGAAGCACCUCGUGCAUGAUGAACUCACCGAUCUGACCUGUAAGUUCAACGAGAUGGCAGAUGAGCUAUCGGUGCAGUACGCCAGACUCGAGGAGCACGUGAAGACAAGGACUGCUCAACUCGAGCACAGCCGGGACGAGGCCCGAGCGGCCAAUGAGAGCAAAACACUGUUCAUCGCAAACGUCUCUCACGAACUACGAACACCCCUGAAUGGCAUCAUUGGGAUGUGUGCCGUAGCGAUGCAGGAAGAGCAUGUCUCAAGGAUCCGGCAAUCUCUCAAGAUCAUUUACAAAUCUUCGGACCUCCUACUGCAUCUGCUCAAUGAUCUUUUGACUUUCAGCCGCAGUUCUUAUGGUCAGCAACUCUCGAUAGAGGAAGGAAGCUUCCGGCUUGUCGAUGUAGGCUCCCAGUUGGUGUCUAUCUUCGAAAAACAAGCGAAAGAUGCCGAUGUCGGGUUGAAGGUCGUCUUCCUUGGACCUUUUUCGACGUAUCCGAAUUCUGGAGCUGAUCCCGAAGACGCGAUCGUGGCGAGGCAAGAUAUUGCUGGAAACUUACGCAAAAUCAAGACGAACGUGCUGGCAAUGGGACCGGCCGACACUGGACCACUCCGACGAAUCGGGCUUCGCGGCGACAAAAACCGUAUACUCCAGAUUCUGAUGAACCUGGUCAGCAACUCCUUGAAGUUCACGCCCGCGAAAGGUCAGAUCGAAGUGCGGAUCCGCUGUAAGGGUAUGGUUGACCUGCCACCUGCUGACGACAUGUCUAAUGCCUACACGGUUGGCGAUGCACUCACGACGCCAGGUAGCGAGAUGCCUACCAUCUCGAUCCGCAAAGCUUCUGAGGCUUCGACAGCUCUGAUGAUGGCUGAUCAGCCGCACAAGGGCCUUAUAUUUGAUUUUGAAGUGGAAGACACCGGGUCUGGCAUCCCUGAGCACCUACAGCAGGAGAUUUUCAAGCCCUUCGUUCAAGGCGACUUGACACUGAGCAAGAAGCACGGCGGUACUGGAUUAGGCCUUGCCAUUUGCUCACAGCUGGCCGAAAUGAUGGGUGGUGAUAUCCGACUGAAGAGCACUGUCGACGUCGGUAGCACCUUUGUUCUAUCACUACCGUUGAAGUAUACCAAAGAAACAGUACCAUCGGUGUCCGGUUCUCUGGCGGUUUCUGCUCGCCGUCUGAGCAUGUCCAGUAGCGUACAGUUCGACACUUUCAGCGCCAAGUCUGGGCGUUCGAAGCAGCCACGAACACAGCCUCAGUCGGCAAGGGCUUCGAUAUUGACUCAAGAGAAAGAAGGCGAUACAGCAAGUCUUGAACAUCCCCGUAUCGUUGGUUACUCCCAGCCUUUUAUCCUGGACGAUGAUGAUGGUCCGGAUGAAAAGAACAUAUUGCCGGGGAAGCAGUCACCACGCGGUCCUGGCAGACGCUCACCACAGCCAUCACGAAAGCUUCAGGACAGCUCUUCCUGGUCUCGCCUCGAAUCAAUACAAUCAGCCACUGCCGCACCUCUUGAGCCUGCUGAGACUGCGGCUAAGACUCCCACCACCGCAACUGUCUUCGAAGCACCGAAUGAGCAGAGCAACACGCUUGCCCCUGCAACCGCGGUCCCCAAGAGCCCUGCCAUGCGUGUGCUCGUCGCAGAGGACAACCAGGUGAAUCAGCAAGUGAUACUCCGGCUCCUCAAGCUGGAGAAAGUCGCGGACGCGAGCGUCACUCUCGCCGAAGACGGUCAGCAAGCUUUGACAGCCGUCCAGCAGUCGCUAGACGACCCCGCCGCGCCGCCAUACACCUUGGUCUUCAUGGACAUUCAGAUGCCCAAGAUGGACGGCAUCGAGGCCACGAAGCGGAUUCGUGCCUUGGGCUUUGACGCCCCCAUCAUAGCAUUGACGGCGUUCGACCACGAAACGAACAGGAAAAAUUGCGAGGAGGUGGGUAUGAAUGCUUUCCUGGGCAAGCCCAUCAAGCGCACGGCGCUCAAGGGGGCGCUGGAGGAGUUCAAGCCGAAGGGCUAG